AUGACCCCUUGGAUCCUCUUGCUGAUGUCAGGGUCGCUCUUGACCCAGACCCGGGUGGGCUCCCACUCCAUGAGGUAUUUCGAGACUGCGGUGUCCCGGCCAGGAGCGCAGACCCACUUCAUCACCAGCGGCUACGUGGACGACACACAGUUCGUGCGCUUCGACAGUGACGCCCCGAACCCGAGGAUGGAGCCGUGGGCGCCGUGGAUGGAGGAAAUGGACCAGGUGGACCCGGAGUACUGGGACCGGGAGACGUCGAUCGUCAAGGAGAACGCAAAGAUUUUCCGACUGGGCCUGGGAACCCUGCUCGGCUACUACAACCAGAGCGCGCUCGGUUCUCACACCUUCCAGAGUAUGUACGGCUGCGACGUGGGGCCCGACGGUCGCCUCCUCCGCGGGUACAGACAAUACGCCUACGAUGGCGCCGAUUAUAUCGCCCUGAACGAGGACCUGCGCUCCUGGACGGCGGCGGACACGGCCGCGCAGAUCACACAGCGCAAGUGGGAGGACGCGGGUGUGGCUGAGGGCAGAAGAGCCUACCUAGAGGGACCUUGUGUGAAUUUCCUCCUCAGACACCUGGAACACGGGAAGGACGCUCUGCAGCGCCUGGACCCCCCAAAGACACAUGUGACUCACCGCCGCAUAUCUGCAAGUGAGGUCACCCUGAGGUGCUGGGCCCGAGACUUCUACCCAGCUGAGAUCACCUUGACCUGGCAGAAGGAUGGGGAGGACCAGGCCCUGGACAUGGAGCUUGUGGAGACAAGACCUUCAGGAGAUGGAGGCUUCCAGAAGUGGGCAGCUAUGGUGGUGCCCUCUGGAGAGGAGCAAAGAUACACAUGUCAUGUGCAGCAUGAGGGUCUGCCAGAGCCACUCACCCUGAGAUGGGAACCAUCUUCUGAGCCCAACUCCUACAACAUGGGACUUAUCAUUGGUCUGAUUAUCCUUGGAGUUGUGGUCCUUGGAGGUGUGAUUGGAGUUGUGAUCUGGAGAAGAAAGAGUGCAGGUGGAAAAACAGGAAGCUAUAUUCAGGCAUCCAGUGGUGAUAGUUCUCAGGACUCUAGUGUGUCUCUCUCAGGUUCGAAAGUAACACCUGGUGGGGUCUGA